AUGACGCAGAGAGCAAUUGAAGCAAACCCAACGCAUAUCAGGGCAAUACUCGAUAUGCCAUCACCAAAAAACAAGAAAGAAGUGCAAAAUCUUACCGGAAGGUAUUUAACUUCACCUCCAGUCCUUUCAAGUCCAAGAACGGGUCAAACCAUUUAUAUAUAUCUUGUUGCAAGCGAUUACGCAGUAAGUGCAGUUUUAUUCGUACGAGAACCUUAUGAGAAACCUGUCUACUUCGUUAGUAAAUCCCUAACGGAGGCGGAGACAAGGUACUCAAAGAUUGAGAAGAUAGCACUAGCACUGGUGCACGCGGCAAAGCGACUGAAACCCUAUUUCGGAGGACGACAUAUUGUGGUAUACACAGAAUACACACUAAGAAAAGUGCUCGCUGAAGCAGAUGAUUCAAGCAGGCUUGCUACGUGGGAAACCUAUCUCAGCGCUUACGGGAUUACCUACGAGCCAAGAACAUCCGAGAAAGGACAUGCACUGGCAUCAUUGAUGGAAGAUUUUCCUGUAUAUGAUAUUCCAUUAUCAGAAUCAAUCAUCGAUGAUGAAAUCCUACAAGAAUUAGAAGGAAAUCUGAUUCCUCUACCAUGGGAGUAUUCUAAAACAGUCAAAACAUUCUCGAGCGAGAGAGAUGUACCGACUAAUUUCGUGAAUCCAUCGGAGUUACCAGAAGAUGGAGAAAUAUUAUGGAAGUUAUACACCGACGGGUCCGCAAACACUAAUGGAGCUGGCGUUGGAUGUUUAUUGGUCUCUCCAGACGGGUUUCAUAUGGAAAAGUCUAUCCGGCUAGGAUUCCCAGCCUCCAACAAUCAAGCCGAGUACGAAGCAGCAAUAUCCGGCCUAAAAACUGCAUUACACCUGGGGGCGCGGAGAGUGAAACUGACAACCGUCUCAAUGAUAGUGGCACAUCAAUUUACUGGGUCAUAUAAGGCGAAGAAUGAAAAAUUAGCAUCUUAUCUCGAAUGUAUAACUGAAUUUGCAAAGAAGUUCGACGUUUUCAGCAUCGAGAAAAAACCGAGGGUGGAGAAUAGACAUGCAGAUUCACUUGCAUACCUGUCAUCAGCUGUGGAGUCUGAUACCCCAAGGUAUAUCGUCGUCGAAUUCCAAGAAUUCUCAAGCAUUCAGAAGGAUUCUUUUGAAACAAAUCUUAUAUGCAACAAUGAAGUUGGUGAAUCUAUGCAAGAUAAUUCACCGGAAGAAGAAGAGAAUGAUCCCAUGGAUAUCGAAGAUUGGAGAUUACCAUAUAUUCGUUACCUACAAGCUCAAGAACUUCCGGAAGAUAAAUAUCAAGCUGGAAAAAUAUCAAAAAAUGCAUGGAGGUACGUAUUGAUCGAAGGCGAACUCUACAAAAAACCAAUUGCAAUGGAGCCAUAUUUGCGUUGUGUGACUCCAGAUAUAGGGAAACAAUUAAUGGUAGAAGCACAUGAGGGAUGUUGCGGAAAUCAUUCAAGUGGAAGGAGAUUAGCACACAAACUCUUAUCUCAGGGAUAUUUUUGGCCUUACAUGCAAAGAGACGCAAAGGAAUACGCCAAGAAAUGCGUGUCAUGUCAAUUACACGGACCCCUUCUAAAAAGGCCAGCAAAUGAGUUGCACCCUGUUAUGAGCCCUUGGCCCUUCAGUAUGUGGGGAUUGGACAUCGUAGGUCCAUUUCCUACUGCACCUGGGGGCGUCAAGAUUACACAUCAAGCACAAUUUUUCCACCCCUAUUAUGUACAGAGUAACGGGCAAGCUGAAGCAACCAAUCGAGUGAUCCUGGACAACCUUAAAAGAACUCUCGACAAAGCUAAAGGAAGAUGGACGGAGUUCUUACUCGGAGUCUUAUGGGCAUACAGAACAACACCAAGGAGGUCAACAGGGUUUGCACCAUUUACAUUAGAUUACGGAGUAGAAGCUGUAGCUCCAGUAGAAUUGCUUGUCCCAACAACAAAAACACUAGCCGAACGUUCAGGCCAAAACUCAGAGAUCCUAGCAAGGGAUAAAGAACUCCUAGAAGAUGUUCGAGAAGAAGCAUCUAGAAGGUUGGUCAUUUAUCAACAGUCCAUGAAGUUUCAAUACAACAAGAAAGUUCGGGAACGAGUAUUUCAACCAGGAGAGCAGGUGUUGCGCAAGACCAGGCCUAGCACACUUGAUCCCAACAGUGGAAAGUUGAAUGCUAAUUGGGAGGGUCCUUACUUCAUUGAUAGGCCUGCUGGCAGCGGAGCAUACUGGCUAAAGAAAUUCAAUGGCCACGUAGAGCCAAAACCAUGGAAUUCUUUCAAUUUGAAAAAAAUUCUAUCAUUAAUGUAA